AGAGAGAGAGAGAGAGAGAGAGAGAGAGAGAGAGAGAGAGAGAUGACUGGGUGAAUGUUGCUGAUAGCAGAGCUGAGUGAAAGGACACCUUCCUCAGACGCAUUAGAAGACUGAGACAAGGUGAGGAGAAAACGAUAACAAGUUGAUAUCAAACGUAGUAAUCUGACGAGCUGCUGAUUGAUUCAUCAACCUGUUUUCAAUGUCUUAUAGAAUGGACCAAUCAAAACCACACGUAGAGAUGUUCCACUACAGGAACAAGGAACAGUCGUCCGACCUCCUACUGCAGCUGAACCGUCUGAGGCAGAACAGGAUUCUUACCGACGUGCUCCUCUGUUCAGAUAACACAGAGAUCCCCUGCCACCGUAACAUCCUGGCCUCCAGCAGUCCUUACUUCACGGCCAUGUUCUGUCACCACUUCAGAGAGACCAACCAGGAGAAGGUGGAUCUGAAGGGGAUAACCUCCAGCAUCCUGAGUGACAUCGUCGACUACGUCUACACAGGGGUCAUCACCAUCACCAUGGAGAUAGUACUGCCCCUUAUGCAGGCUUCCUCCAUGCUCCAGUACACCAGGCUGUUCGAGGCCUGCUCCUCAUUCCUGCAGGAGCAGCUGAGCCCAGACAACUGCCUCAGCAUGAAGCGACUGGCAGAGAUAUUACACUGCAACAGCCUGAAGGAGAAGGCCAGGGAGAUGGCAGUACAGAGCUUCUCUGACGUCUCUACCUCUGAGGACCUGUGUGAGCUCUCCUUACCUGAGCUGAUGGGUUACCUGGAGGAUGACUGGCUCUGUGCUGAGGAGGAGCAGGUGUUCGAGACGUUACUGGCGUGGAUCCACCACGACCCGUUCUCCCGGCGCGGCGCCAUCUCCGACCUCUUCAGGAAGGUGCGUCUGCGCUACAUCCACCCCACCUACCUGUUCCAGUUCAUCGCCAGCGACCCCCUCGUCCAGUCCUCCACCCUGUGCACCGAGGUCAUCGAGUCCGUCCGACGCCUCAUGUUCUCCAUCACUACUAAGUGUGGGUCGGACCUCAAGCCCCUGUGGGUGACCCCGCGGCGUUUCACCUGCCGGGAGACCCUGGUUCUAGUUGGCGGCCGCAAGAACAACGAACAGACGUCCCGCGAAGCACUCCUGUUCGACGAGAGGACUCAGCGCUGGCAGUGGCUGGCCAAGCUGCCCUUGCGACUCUAUAAGGCCUCCUAUGUCUGUAUCCACAGUAUCCUGUAUGUCCUGGGAGGCCUCACCAUGAACACCAAGCACAGAGUGGUUAGCACCACUGUCUAUACGUUGUCUCUGAAGACCAACCAGUGGAGGACGACUGAGCCCAUGAUCCAGCCUCGCUUCGCCCACCAGUCUGUCUCCUACCUGCACUUUAUCUUCGUCCUGGGGGGCCUGGGGCCGGAGAAGCAGGUGUGCGACACGGUGCAAAGGUACAAUAGUAUGUUCAACCAAUGGGAGGCUAUGGUUCCCAUGCCGACGGCUGUGCUACACCCGGCGGUUGCCGCUAACGAUCAAAGAAUCUACAUGUUCGGGGGAGAAGACGCGAUGCAGAACCCUGUCAGGAUGAUACAGGUGUAUCACAUUGGCAGGAAUAUGUGGUCUAUGAUGGAGACCAGGACAGUGAAGAACGUUUCUGCACCAGCAGCUGUCCUCGAUGACAAGAUCUACAUUAUCGGAGGCUACACCAGAAGAAUGAUCGCGUACGACACCAAAGCCAACCGCUUUACGAAGUGUGAGAACCUGAAGCAGAGGAGGAUGCAUCACGCCGUCGCGGUGCUCGACGACAAACUGUACGUGACCGGAGGACGCUUCAUCAACGGACACGACGUCAUAGAGGACUCCGACAGCUUCGAGUGCUACGACCCGAAGACUGACGCGUGGACGACGAAGGGGACGUUGCCGUACAGGCUGUUUGACCACGGUUCUCUGUCCCUGGUGUGUGUCUCCAACAAAUCCAAGCCUCCCUGAGUGUGUGUUGUGGAUGUGUGUGUCCACCCCCUUCAGAUGAUACUCUGCCCGACCAAGCAAAAAGACAUUAACUGCUCAUAGCGUGGAACUGAGAAAAAUGGCUUUUAUUUACCUUGGUGUCACAGUAUCUUCAUGCAGUUACUGGCUAACAUGACCCCCCAUUUUCUCCUGAACACAAUACAACCGAGGCAGGAUACUUGUCCACAUGAUUAAUAAUGUAUUUAAUGAAGCAAAAAAUUGACAUGAACUCAUUUUGGACCAAAUGAGCAGUUAUUGCUUUUUUGCAUGGUAGGGCAAUACUGUCUAUGCAUAUGUUGCUGCUCGGAUGUGACGCUGACCGACACAGAUGUUGCAAAGAACAUCUCUGAUGUCAUUUCCUGUCCCGCAAAUUCCCUCACUGGGUGACACUUUCCCCAGUAGCGAAUCUUAAAUCAAAUGAGAUAUUUUUAUGUUUUUAUAGAUUUUAUCGUGUGAAACUGAAGCCCUGGGCAGUUAAUUGUUGUGUGGAACUGAAGCCCUGGGCAGUUAAUUGUUGUGUGGAACUGAAGCCCUGGGCAGUUAAUUGUUAUGUGGAACUGAAGCCCUGGGCAGUUAAUUGUUGUGUGGAACUGAAGCCCUGGGCAGUUAAUUGUUGUGUGGAACUGAAGCCCUGGGCAGUUAAUUGUUGUGUGGAACUGAAGCCCUGGGCAGUUAAUUGUUGUGUGGAACUGAAGCCCUGGGCAGUUAAUUGUUGUGUGGAACUGAAGCCCUGGGCAGUUAAUUGUUGUGUGGAACUGAAGCCCUGGGCAGUUAAUUGUUAUGUGGAACUGAAGCCCUGGGCAGUUAAUUGUUGUGUGGAACUGAAGCCCUGGGCAGUUAAUUGUUGUGUGGAACUGAAGCCCUGGGCAGUUAAUUGUUGUGUGGAACUGAAGCCCUGGGCAGUUAAUUGUUGUGUGGAACUGAAGCCCUGGGCAGUUAAUUGUUAUGUGGAACUGAAGCCCUGGGCAGUUAAUUGUUGUGUGGAACUGAAGCCCUGGGCAGUUAAUUGUUAUGUGGAACUGAAGCCCUGGGCAGUUAAUUGUUGUGUGGAACUGAAGCCCUGGGCAGUUAAUUGUUGUGUGGAACUGAAGCCCUGGGCAGUUAAUUGUUAUGUGGAAAUGAAGCCCUGGGCAGUUAAUUGUUUUGUGGAACUGAAGCCCUGGGCAGUUAAUUGUUAUGUGGAACUGAAGCCCUGGGCAGUUAAUUGUUAUGUGGAACUGAAGCCCUGGGCAGUUAAUUGUUAUGUGGAACUGAAGCCCUGGGCAGUUAAUUGUUGUGUGGAACUGAAGCCCUGGGCAGUUAAUUGUUGUGUGGAACUGAAGCCCUGGGAAGUUAAUUGUUGUGUGGAACUGAAGCCCUGGGCAGUUAAUUGUUAUGUGGAAAUGAAGCCCUGGGCAGUUAAUUGUUUUGUGGAACUGAAGCCCUGGGCAGUUAAUUGUUAUGUGGAACUGAAGCCCUGGGCAGUUAAUUGUUAUGUGGAACUGAAGCCCUGGGCAGUUAAUUGUUAUGUGGAACUGAAGCCCUGGGCAGUUAAUUGUUAUGUGGAACUGAAGCCCUGGGCAGUUAAUUGUUGUGUGGAACUGAAGCCCUGGGCAGUUAAUUGUUAUGUGGAACUGAAGCCCUGGGCAGUUAAUUGUUAUGUGGAACUGAAGCCCUGGGCAGUUAAUUGUUGUGUGGAACUGAAGCCCUGGGCAGUUAAUUGUUAUGUGGAACUGAAGCCCUGGGCAGUUAAUUGUUGUGUGGAACUGAAGCCCUGGGCAGUUAAUUGUUGUGUGGAACUGAAGCCCUGGGCAGUUAAUUGUUGUGUGGAACUGAAGCCCUGGGCAGUUAAUUGUUGUGUGGAACUGAAGCCCUGGGCAGUUAAUUGUUGUGUGGAACUGAAGCCCUGGGCAGUUAAUUGUUGUGUGGAACUGAAGCCCUGGGCAGUUAAUUGUUGUGUGGAACUGAAGCCCUGGGCAGUUAAUUGUUAUGUGGAACUGAAGCCCUGGGCAGUUAAUUGUUGUGUGGAACUGAAGGCUAUGAGUUUAUACAAGUCCUGUAGACUAUAUGAAGACGACACGACAUGAUGACCAACUGUUUAGUCACCAGUCCAAACACACGUUACCAACAGACCGGAUGACAUUACUACCCACUGGGAAAAAACUGGUUGCAACAGUAUUGUUUCUACGUCAUUUCAACCCCAAAAUAAAUUAUAUCUUGAUAACGUUGAAUCAACGUGGAAAACUGGUUCUGUUUUCACACAACUUUUUAGCAUAAAUCCAACGAUAUGGAGAAAUGUUGAUUUCACGUUGAAUUCACGUUGAUUUAAUCUGAAACCAAAUCAAAACUAGAUGUUUGAACUGAUGUCUGUCCCCAGUGGGUAGGGUCCAGAGUUUUCUCUGGGCACAUCUUCGAGGUAAAACUCCAGUCACUACUCAUCACUGCACAAUAACAAACCCUACGGUAGGCCAAACAUGAUGUGAGACAGUCGUCUCUGGUAACAAGACUGUAGCUAGCCAACACACGCAAGAUUUGGUUCUGGGUUCUGAGAUGAAUGGAGCCAGCCAAGACUUUCCCUGUGUUACUGAGCAUCAUCACAAACCCAGGGUCGUGUGCCAACAUGAUUCAGUGACUGUUGUUUGAGAACACUGUAUACUGAGUGUACAAAACAUUAGGAACACUUUAUACUGAGUGUACAAAACAUUAGGAACACUUUAUACUGAGCGUACAAAACAUUAGGAACACUUUAUACUUAGCGUACAAAACAUUAGGAACACUUUAUACUGAGCGUACAAAACAUUAGGAACACUUUAUACUGAGCGUACAAAACAUUAGGAACACUUUAUACUUAGCGUACAAAACAUUAGGAACACUUUAUACUGAGCGUACAAAACAUUAGGAACACUUUAUACUUAGCGUACAAAACAUUAGGAACACUUAUACUGAGCGUACAAAACAUUAGGAACACUUUAUACUGAGCGUACAAAACAUUAGGAACACUUUAUACUGAGCGUACAAAACAUUAGGAACACUCUAUACUGAGCGUGCAAAACAUUAGGAACACUUUAUACUGAGUGUACAAAACAUUAGGAACACUUUAUACUGAGUGUACAAAACAUUAGGAAUUCUUUGUACUGAGCAUUCAAAACAUUAGGAACACUAUGAUGAGCGUACAAAACAUUAAGAGUUUCGUCAGAACAUGGACUCUACAAGGUGUUGAAAGCGUUCCACAGGGAUGCUGGUCCAUGUUGACUCUACAAGGUGUUGAAAGCGUUCCACAGGGAUGCUGGCCCAUGUUGACUCUACAAGGUGUUGAAAGCGUUCCACAGGGAUGCUGGCCCAUGUUGACUCUACAAGGUGUUGAAAGCGUUCCACAGGGAUGCUGGCCCAUGUUGACUCUACAAGGUGUCUAAAGCGUUCCACAGGGAUGCUGGCCCAUGUUGACUCUACAAGGUGUUGAAAGCGUUCCACAGGGAUGCUGGUCCAUGUUGACUCUACAAGGUGUUGAAAGCGUUCCACAGGGAUGCUGGCCCAUGUUGACUCUACAAGGUGUUGAAAGCGUUCCACAGGGAUGCUGGCCCAUGUUGACUCUACAAGGUGUCUAAAGCGUUCCACAGGGAUGCUGGCCCAUGUUGACUCUACAAGGUGUCUAAAGCGUUCCACAGGGAUGCUGGCCCAUGUUGACUCUACAAGGUGUUGAAAGCGUUCCACAGGGAUGCUGGCCCAUGUUGACUCUACAAGGUGUUGAAAGCGUUCCACAGGGAUGCUGGCCCAUGUUGACUCUACAAGGUGUCUAAAGCGUUCCACAGGGAUGCUGGCCCAUGUUGACUCUACAAGGUGUCUAAAGCGUUCCACAGGGAUGCUGGCCCAUGUUGACUCUACAAGGUGUUGAAAGCGUUCCACAGGGAUGCUGGCCCAUGUUGACUCUACAAGGUGUCUUAAGUGUUCCACAGGGAUGCUGGUCCAUGUUGACUCUACAAGGUGUUGAAAGCGUUCCACAGGGAUGCUGGUCCUUGUUGACUCUACAAGGUGUCUAAAGCGUUCCACAGGGAUGUUGGUCCAUGUUGACUCUACAAGGUGUUGAAAGCGUUCCACAGGGAUGCUGGCCCAUGUUGACUCUACAAGGUGUUGAAAGUGUUCCAAAGGGAUGCUGGCCCAUGUUGACUCUACAAGGUGUCUAAAGCGUUCCACAGGGAUGUUGGUCCAUGUUGACUCUACAAGGUGUUGAAAGUUCCACAGGGAUGUUGGCCCAUGUUGACUCCAAUGCUUCUCACCGAUUGGGUGGUGGACCAUGUUGACUCCAAUGCUUCUCACCGAUUGGGUGGUGGACCAUGUUGACUCCAAUGCUUCCCACCGAUUGGGUGGUGGACCAUGUCGACUCCAAUGCUUCCCACCGAUUGGGUGGUGGACCGUUCUUGAUACACACAGGAAACUGUUGAGCGUGAAAAACCCAGCAGCUUUGCAGUUCUUGACACAAACUGGUGCGUCUGGCAUCUACUACCAAACCUCGCUCUUAAAUCUUCUGUCUUGCCCGUUCACCCUCUGAAUGGCACAGAUACACAAUCCAUGUCUCACUUGUCUCCAGGCUUAAAUCCUUCUUUACCCUGUCUUUUCCCCUUCAUCUACACUGAUUUAAUGUGGAUUUAACAAGUGACAUCAAUAAGGGAUCAUAGCUUCCACCUGGAUUCACCUGGUCAGUCUAUGUCUACGGAAAGAGCAGGUGUUCUUAAUGUUUUGUCCGCUCCGUGUAUGUUUAUAAAUAGCGUUCCCCUGAGGCGACGUGGAUGGAACUAGUCAUAUUUCAGUGAGGGUUUAUAACCAAGUGAAAGGACAUAAAGUUUAACAAUACCAUAUGCACAUUGUAAGAAUGCCGUCAUAGUUAUAUUUGAAGAGUGAGAGGGUUCAGUCUGUUUUAUGCGUUUCUUCUUCGUUUCUUCCACACUAUAUGUGGUGACAUCGUACAAAUGGUUUGCCGACAGAUCUAUCGCCUCAUAUAAGUAUUUUUUUAUUUAAAUUUGGAGUGAUAUUAAUAUUCUUGUUUGUUUUUGUAAUGUUGUUUAUUAAUAAAAAAAUAUAUAAAAUGUUA